AUGCAUUUGUCGCCGUCCUCCCCAGCCCUGGUCUCCCCAAUCGCGGUCGUACAAAACCGAAAUCAGUCCGCGAAGAGGCAAAACGGAAAGCGAUCGACCGGUGCUGUCGUCAUCCUCCUCAGCCCUGGUGUCGCCGUCCUCCCCAGCCCUGGAGAAUAUUUUAAGGCCCAUAAUAGUGUUACUGGGAAAAAAUUCAAUGGCGUUUUUCAAGCCCCAGCUCGCCGGUCUCUGUUAUCAGAUGCGACACAGGGAACUGAAACUGAUACUGCAUUGGUGGCUGGUUUGGAUGGUACAAUUUAUUUAUUGGAGCUCGGUUCUACGAAACCUCUCUGGUCGUUUUCAUCAGGACGAACAAUUUACUCAUCAUAUCAGGCCUCUGUUUAUGAUACGGAAAAUGUAUCAGGAAUAGGAGGCCGUUACUUCAUUGAUUGUGGGGAUGACUGGGAAUUAUAUGCACACAACAGCCUCGGCAGCAAACUGAAACUUAUGAAGACCAUUGAAGAGUACGUCAGUUCAACACCACAGAUAGAAGAGAAUGGAGGUAUUGUACUUGGAUCCAAAAGAACUACUGCAUUUCUAGUGGAUAAAAAGACUGGAAGUAUCAUCAAUACAUAUAGUGCUUCUGAUUCACCAGCCGCAAUGCAGAGCAGUGAAAAUGGUUUCUUCAAUAAUACCACUGUUGAUGAGCAGGUUCAGUCUAGCUCCGACAUAAGGACUGAUCAGAAACGGCUUUACAUCACUAGGACAGAUUAUACGUUGACAUCAUUUAUUCCGAACUCGAACAAAGUUUUGUGGAACAUGACUGUUGCUGAGAUUGGUGCUGCUUUUCUCUGUCCAGAGAUUGAAGAGUCACUUGAGCAGAGUACUUCGGAUUCAGACUCUUCUGAACCUAGUCUUCCUUUUCCUAUGCCAUUGAAUUGUCGAUCAAGAGCUCGCGUCUAUCGCUUUCGCGCGCACAAUAUAUUUGAACCCUUCUCCAGGCAUAAUUGGCUGCCAGAGCCUCAUGGUGAAGAUCUCACGCUUCCAGCACCAAAAUCAGAUGCUUUUCCUUCACAACCAAAUAUUGAUAAAGUUCUUGAACUUCUUCCUUCAUUGCGCAAUAAUGAUAAAAUUCUGGACGUGCAUUACCCCCAGGAACCUGAGGCUGUUCCCCCUUUUCAAAUGUUGGAUGAUGAGAGUCGAAAAUCUCAUGUACAAGAUGUGAAAUUGUCAUCAAAUGAUGGUUCUAUGCUGUUUCCUGGCAACUUCAGCUCAUUCCAGCUCAUUCUUUUUUCUAUUAGUCUUCUAGCUUUUGUUGUCUACCAUUAUAAUCUGAUCACUGUGGAAAAAGUAAAGUUGAUUGCUCAGCCUUCUUAUGUUACUGCUGUAAACAUACCUUUGAAAAGGAAGAAACCUCGGAGAUCUGGGAAGGGCAGAAUAAACAGUGAGAAAAUGGACAAAGAAGAAAAUUUGGUUAAUAACACUUUUAAUGACUUUCUGAACCUAAAUCAACUGAAUUCUUACACAGAUGGACGCACCAUUGGUAAGUUAUUUGUCUCAAGCAAAGAGAUUGCAAAAGGUAGCAAUGGAACCAUUGUCGUUGAAGGGAUUUAUGAAGGCCGUCCAGUUGCCGUGAAACGCCUUGUGAGGGCCCAUCAUGAUAUCGCCUCUAAGGAAAUUCAAAAUCUUGUGGUGUCUGACCAACAUCCAAAUAUUGUCAGAUGGUACGGAGUGGAGCAAGACCAAGAUUUUGUGUAUCUUGCGCUAGAGCGCAGUGCUUGCAGCUUGAAUGAUCUUAUUCAUAUAUAUUCAGAGUCCUCUAUUGACGUAAUUGUUAGCAAAAACAUGGAUUCAGAGUUUUUGACGGAGUAUAGGGUCCAUUUGGAAUCUAUAAAAGGCACUAUGCAGGAGUUUGAACUAUGGAAGGCAGAUGGCUAUCCAUCACUCGUAUUGUUGAAGCUGAUGAGGGAUGUGAUAUGUGGACUUGUACAUCUCCAUGAAUUGGGAAUUGUCCAUCGUGAUUUGAAGCCGCAAAAUGUAUUAAUAUUCAAAGAUAGAUAUUUUUCUGCGAAGCUUUCUGAUAUGGGUAUCAGUAAACGCCUUGUUGAAGACACAUCUUCGUUGGGGCAUCAUGCUACAGGCUGUGGAAGUUCAGGAUGGCAAGCGCCUGAACAGCUUCUUCGUCAGCGUCAAACAAGGGCAGUCGAUGUGUUUAGUCUAGGUUGCGUUCUGUUUUUCUGCUUUACUGGUGGUAGACAUCCCUUUGGUAACCCUCUUGAACGUGAUAUCAAUAUCACUAAAAAUAAAGUUGACCUUUUCCUGGUGGAACACAUUCCAGAAGCUGUGGAUCUGUUUUUUCAAUUAUUAAAUCCUAAUGCUGAAAUGAGGCCAAAGGCAUCAGAGGUGCUUUACCAUCCCUUAUUUUGGAGCGGUGAGCUGCGACUAUCCUUCCUCCGUGACACAAGUGACAGGAUAGAAUUGGAAGACAGAGAGACUGAUUCUCCUCUCUUAAAAGCUUUAGAAAGUACAGCCCCUCUGGCUUUAGGUACAAAGUGGGAUGAAAAGAUGGAACCUGCAUUUCUUAAGAACAUUGGACGCUACAGACGUUAUAAGUAUGACAGUGUUCGUGACUUAUUACGAGUCAUGCGUAACAAGUUGAAUCAUUAUCGAGAGCUUCCCACAGAAAUACAGGAACUAAUCGGAUCGGUUCCAGAAGGAUUUGAUAGGUAUUUUAAGACUAGGUUCCCAAAACUAUUGAUCGAAGUAUACAAAGCCGUGUAUACAUACUGUAGAGAGGAAGAAUGGUUUCUCAAGUACUUCAAAUGUACGACAUUGUAG